CACUCAGAGCUCACUCAAGGAACCACCACCACCUAGCUCACAUCUUGUUAGAUACCUCAAGGAACUUGAAGUCGUUGAGCAGGAUCAAGUGUGGCAUUUCUCAACACAACCAGAUUGCAUCCUGGAGCUAUUGGAUUCGAAAAUUCUUCUGCAUACACCUCUGGCAGGUCGAUCGCGCUCCAUAAUUGACAGCAAUCAUCCAGGCUCCUUGCUACAGUUCAUCACAGCGCUCGAGCUGCAGCUAAGCGACCCAACAACACACCAUUUGCAGUCGAACACCUUCUUUCGUUUGCGAAAACGGCUUCCUGAGUUCCUACUAAUGUGCGGCUAGGUCCGUGGGAGGACCCCGUUUGCGCGACCUUCUUUCCUCGUUCUCGAUUCUACCUUUGCCUGGCGCUUCUCCAGAGUCCUGUUACUCUGCAACCCCCUCGAGGAUCACCUUGCUUGCUUCCUCGACCCUCUUUGCCGUCGUUCUCAGAUGGAGCAACCGUCUCACAUACCAGUCCUUGCUGUAAAUCCUGGCACGGGUAAUGGGACGGUUCCAAUUAUGGAACCCAAUGCCAAUGGCUCGAACUCGGCACCGUCCAACGGCAUCAGCGCUGAUGAGAUUGCCCUCUACGACCGGCAGAUUCGGCUCUGGGGGAUGAAAGCACAGGAGAAGAUCCGCAAUGCCAACAUUCUCCUCAUCACCAUGAAAGCCCUGGCCAACGAGAUAGCCAAGAAUCUUGUCCUCGCCGGCAUCGGUUCCCUCACCAUCUUAGAUCCGGAGCCCGUGGCAGAAGUCGACUUCGGCGCCCAAUUCUUCCUCUCCGCCGAAGAGACGCCCAUCGGCACGAACCGCGCCGCCGCCGCCAGCGUCGCCAUACAGCGCCUCAACCCCCGCGUGCGCGUCAGCGUCGACACGGCCGACAUCCGCACCAAGCACCCCUCCUUCUACGCUCCUUUCGACAUAAUCAUCGCCACCGAUCUGGACUCGCCCACUCUGAACCUCAUCAACACCGCCACCCGGCUCAACGACCGCCCCUUUUACGCCGCAGGCUGUCACGGCAUGUACGGCUUCAUCUUCGCCGACCUGAUCGAGCACGACUUUGUGAUUGAGCGGCAGCACUCCAACAUGCCGACCGCCAUAGGGCCCGAAACCAAAACCCGCUCCGUGCUCUCCGUCUCGCCCAAGCCCGGCGCAGAGCAAACCACCGAGGUCAUCACCAAGCGCGAGCUGUACUCGACCUGGCUACUAGCUUCAGGCGCGUCCAGCCUGCCCCGGGAGAUCCUGCGCUCGCCCCGCCGUAAAAAGGUCGUAACCCCCCUAUUAUCCUGCUUGCGCGCCCUGUGGGAGUUUUGCACGGCCAACCCGCCUUUACACCUCCCCCCCAACCCGGCCAACCACGCCGACCUGGCCGCCUUCACGCGGCUGUGCGGCGAGCAGCACAAGGCGCUGGGCUUGCCGGCCGAGACUCUGCGCAGCAACGUGCUGCGGUCGUUUUUGCAGAAUGUCAACGCCGAGAUCGCCCCCGUCGCCGCGGUUCUCGGCGGUCAGCUCGCCCAGGACGUCAUCAAUGUUCUUGGCCAACAGCAGCAGCCCGUGCAGAAUUUUGUUGUUUUUGAUGGUGGCUCCAUGGAGGCCAGUGUCUACCCGCUUCAUCCGGAAGGCGAGCUCGGGAGGGGCCUGUUGCCGCUUUCCAAUGGGCCGGCUGGGUUCGCGGUUGUGGGGGAUGCUGUUGUGCCGCCGCCCGCUGGGGUUGGUGGUGAUGUCCUCGCGGUUGCGGGGGGCUUGGGGCAGCAGCCUGUUGGAAAUAGCGAUGCUGCUGCUGCUGCUGCCGCUGCUGGAGUUGGAGUUGGAGUUGGGCCUGGGCCGGUGAUGCGGAACCCGGGAAUGGCGUGAGAUGUGUAUCUCGGCUCGCUUGAUCUCCUCAAGGGACGAAGCGUUCAUUGCAUGGUCCAGCGUUGAAGUGGCUAUUUGUCUCAGCCAUGUUACCUUCUCGAUGGAAUAUAAUCGGAGUUGAAACGGUGUACUUGUACAUUAGAUGGGAUUUAGGUGGGAGCGAACAAAAGGGACAUGGAGUGUGCAAGUGUUCAUUAGCUUGUCCGAGUAUCGGUUGUCGAUUUGGUGUUUUCCCCAUCUGAGCAUCAGAGGUCGAGGGGUGGUUUGGCCGUAUUGGCGCUCUGGAUCUGGAACUGGUGUAAGACGAAGCGCCGCGAGCCAUAGAUGGGUAGAUGAAUACCGCAAGAUACCGUUCUCCUGCGAGAAAACAUGGAAGCGAAGAAUCAGGAUCUCAUGUUCACUGCGGCACAGGAUGCCUCGAAGCCGU